AUGGGGAUGAAACGUGGAAGAGAGAGCCGUAAUUUGGCUAAGAAGGCUUCCAAGAAGCAACGAGUCGAGGAUACGGUGGACAAUGCUGAAGGAAUCGUUGGGAUUGAUGAUCUAAACUGGCAAACCGUUCAGUUGCCAGAUCGGCUUGGUGAUAUUGGUGGAUUUUUCGGAUUGGAAGAGAUUGACGGCGUGGAUAUAAUCAAACCAGAGUCCAGUGGUCAGAUUAAAUUCAAGGUCGCAGCAGACAAACCCACCAAAUCCAUACUCAAGAAGACCGAACACGCGGACGAGACACCGAACGAUAAUAUCGAAGAAUGGUCCGGUUUCAGUGAUGGAGAAGAACAGGAAGUAGAAGCGCAGAAAAAGCAGAAAACGAAAAAGAAAUCAGAAUAUGCGAAGCAAAAAAAUCCGGCAGACGAAAAGAAGCCAGCAGCUAAGAAAGAGCAGCGACAGCCAAAUGCUAAAGGAGGAAAGCCCGAUGAGAAAAUACAAUCAUUACCGUUCACAGCGCUAGAUGAAGAAGUGGAAGAUGAGGUGGAUGUUUCAGCAUGGGAUUCAUUAGGAUUGUCCCCGGCCUUGCAGACCAGCCUAUCCAAACUCAAGUUCUCGACUCCGAGUACGAUUCAACAAGCGGUGAUACCUGAGGUACUUGCCGGCCAUGAUGUGGUUGGUAAAGCCUCAACGGGGUCUGGAAAGACUUUGGCGUUCGGCAUACCUAUUCUCGAAUACUACCUGGGCACUAGAGGACAACAUGGUACGCCAAAGGAGAAGAAGAAAAAAGAGUCUCAACCUAUAGCAUUGAUCCUGUCACCGACGAGAGAACUGGCUCAUCAACUGGCGAAACAUAUCGGAACUCUCAAUUCACAUACUCCAGCAGCGAACGCUAGGAUUGCGCUUCUCACAGGUGGCUUGGCAAUUCAGAAACAGCAGCGGUUGUUAGCUGAUGCUGAUAUUGUGAUUGGUACACCCGGCCGAGUUUGGGAGAUUCUCAGUUCAGGAACUGGACUUAUCCAAAGGAUGUCAAGGGUUAAAUACCUAGUCCUCGAUGAAGCGGAUCGAUUGCUCAGUGACGGACACUACAAGGAAUUAGAGGAGAUAUUAGAUGCCCUCGAUCGAAAAGAGGAUAAUGAGGAAGCCGAAGACAGCCCCUCAGAAUCAGAGGAAGAUGAAGAGAAAGAAGAUGCCACAGUGGCGAGACAAACACUCGUCUUUUCAGCGACUUUCCACAAGGGUCUGCAACAAAAACUGAGCGGAAAGGGGAAAUUCAUGAGUAGCGACUUGAUGAACAAGAGUGAAUCUAUGGAGUAUUUACUGCGGAAACUCAAGUUCCGUGAAGAGAAGCCGAAGUUUAUUGAUGUCAAUCCAAUUUCUCAGAUGGCGCAGGGCUUGAAAGAGGGUAUUCUUGAAUGUGGUGCCAUACAGAAGGAUCUCUACCUUUACACUCUACUACUCUACCAUCCUAAUCACCGUUGCCUGGUAUUCGCUAACUCCAUAUCGUCUGUUCGUCGAUUAUCGCAAUUGCUACAAAACCUAGGCAUUCCUGCGUUAGCUCUACAUUCGAGUAUGGAACAGAAAGCACGAUUACGCUCUGUAGAGAGAUUUUCGUCUCCCGAUGCUGAUCCAAGCUCGGUUCUGGUGGCUACAGAUGUCGCAGCGCGUGGUCUCGAUAUCAAGGGUAUUGACAUGGUAAUCCAUUACCAUGUUCCUCGGACCGCGGAUAUGUACGUGCAUCGUUCUGGUCGUACCGCCCGUGCAGGAGCAUCUGGUAAGAGUGUCCUGAUCUGUGCUCCCGAUGAGGUGGUUGGCGUUGCGCGUCUCGUCGGCAAAGUUCACGCACAAGCAGAAGCCGGUGCACCUACAAAACGCAAUCCACUGGAGUCCCUCGAACUCGAUCGUCGGGUUGUCUCACGCGUCAAACCCCGUAUGACCCUCGCCAAAAAGAUCACCGAAUCAACCCUGGCCAAAGAAAAGAUCUCAUCAGAAGACAACUGGUUGCGCAAUGCAGCGGAGGAACUGGGAGUGGAUUACGACAGUGAAGAAUUCGAGAAACAGGGCGGAAAAGCUAAGGGACGCGGUCGCGGUGGUGGUCGUUUGCAGAAGGAGAAGGAAGCCGGUAGUAUCACCAAGGCUGAGAUGGCAGGUUUGCGGGCGGAGCUCAAGCAGCUUCUGUCGAAGCGAAUCAAUAUUGGUAUAAGUGAGCGGUAUAUCACGGCGGGACGCGUCAAUGUCGAGUCGCUGCUGCGUGGCGAAGGAAAUAAUAAGGCGUUUAUUGGGUUAGUAGACAAGUUGGAAUUUUAG